GGCUUGCUGCUGCUGAAGCACCUAGAUUUAUCCUGCAAUAAAAUCCUGUCAAUUGAGGAACACGCUUUUGAGCCACUUCCUUUUCUGCAGCUUAUAAACCUUGGUGGGAAUCUCAUCACGCAGAUCCGGAACGGCACAUUCCAGGCCUGGCAUGGGAUGCAGUUUUUACAGAAGCUGAUCCUAAGCCAUAACCCCCUGUCUGUUAUUGACGACACAUCAUUCUUUGACCUGCCUGCAGUCAAAUACCUAGACCUGGGUGCAACACAAGUGACUCUGCAGACCUUUCACACCCUCCUCUUGACAACAGCUCACUUGGAAACGCUCAAACUCCCCAGUGAUCUGGCCUGCUGCCUCUGUGCGACGAAAGACACUAUUGAGACCCUGUGCAGGACCGUCAAGCUGCGCUGUGAGAAUUUAUGCCCCGCCAACGCUCCCCAGUGCGCUCACACAGAUUCUCUAGCAGAGAUUCGAGCAGAGAUAAAGAAAGUGUUAAAGUCCAAAAAGCUGAACAGCACCAUGGUGUUAAACCUCAAGCCCAAGGAACCUUUUCUUGGAGGCCAUGAAACCAUAACACUUUCAGUGCUCCUGAACCUGACAAGCUCUGAUGCUGAUCUCAAUAAGACGAAUGAUCUCAUGUCCAGAAGGAAUUCCCUUUUCCCUCAGCUCCUCUUUCAGCAGAGAGCUGAUGCUGACGCUGCAUGGCAUUCAGCACAUGGACUGGAGCAGUGCAAGUGA